AUGGCCUUUUAUCCCGCAUACAGCGCUGUCAUCCUCAUCCACGGCACACAAUCCUCCGACGAAACCAACAACGACGACCUCCACCUUCUCCUCCCGCGCUACUCCUGCGGCGUCGCCCACACCGACUGCGGCAACGGCUACUGCUGCGACGCCGCCCACCAAUGCGUGCUGCCCUCCUCCUCCUCCAGCAGCGGCCAAACGCUCUGCCGCCUGCCCGGCUUCUCGACCGCCAACGCCGUCGCCACCUUAGCCAGUGACGCCGCCACCACCGGGUCCGCCACCGCAGCGACGACGACCGACAGCAACACGGCCGCGUCCGUGACGGCGUGCUCGGGCGACGGGGACUACGUCGUCGUUUCGAACGGGGGAUACACCAGUUCGACGAACAGCAGUAGCAGUAGUGUAUCCCUAUCCGCCGGCGCGAUCGCGGGGAUAGCGGUUGGUGCAUUUAUCGUCGUGGCGCUCGUGGUAGGCGUCAUCGUGUUCCUGCUGUGCGUGCGGAGGAAGAGAAGGAAGAGAAGGGCGGAGAAUGCGGCAGCAGCGGCAAGUGUGGCGGGGACUGGCUAUGGCAGGCCGCCGCACGUCUACCAGCCCGUACCUGAUGGAGGUGGGACAGCACCGCUGGAAAUGUACGCUGGCAGUAACGUGAAGAAGAUGCAAGACCGGGUGCCUGGCAGGGCGGAAAUGAUGGGUGACAUGGCACAGAGGCCAGCGGUACAGGAGUUGCCGGGGGAUGAAGUGACGCGGCCAGUGGAGUUGCAUUCGGGCGCGGAGAAGAAGGGGUCCUAUUGA